AUGAAGAGUACUCUUCUCCACUGCUCAGGUGAGCUGCCUCUGUCCCUGGCGGCCUGCACCAACCAGCCGGACAUGGUGCACUACCUGACGGAGAACUCGCACAAGAAGGCGGACCUGCGGCGGCAGGACUCGCGCGGCAACACGGUGCUGCAUGCGCUGGUGCACAUCGCCGACAACACCCGUGACAACACACGCUUCCUCACCAAGAUGUACGACCUGCUGCUCAUCAAGAGCGCCAAGCUCUACCCCGACGCCAACCUGGAGAUGAUCGCCAACAACGACGGCAUGUCGCCGCUCAUGAUGGCCGCCAAGCUGGGCAAGAUCGGGGUGUUCCAGCACAUCAUCCGUAGGGAGAUCAAGGACGAGGAGGCGCGUCACCUGUCCAGGAAGUUUAAGGACUGGGCCUACGGACCUGUGUACUCCUCCCUCUACGACCUCUCCUCCCUGGACACGUGCGGAGAGGAGGUCUCAGUGCUCGAGAUCCUGGUCUACAACAGCCGCAUAGAGAACCGCCAUGAGAUGUUGGCCGUGGAGCCCAUCAACGAGCUGCUGAGGGCCAAGUGGCAGAAGUUUGGGGCCGCCACCUUCUACAUCAGCGUCAUCUCCUACCUCUUCACCAUGGUGGUCUUCACACUGGUGGCCUACUACAGACCCACGCACCAGGAGACAGGUCCUCCGUAUGCCUAUGUGACCAGUGCUGACCAUCUGCGACUGGCUGGUGAGCUCAUCACUCUCGGAUCUGGAGUUUUCUUCUUUCUCAGCAAUAUUAAGGAUCUGUUCCUGAAGAAGUGCCCUGGGGUCAACUCCUUAUUUAUUGAUGGCUCCUUUCAGCUGCUCUACUUCAUCUACUCUGUCCUGGUGCUGGUGACGGCUGCUCUGUACCUGUCGGGCAUCGAGGACUACGUCUCCACCAUGGUGUUUGCCCUGGUGCUGGGCUGGACCAACAUGCUCUACUUCACCAGGGGACUCAAGCUGACCGGGACCUACAGCAUCAUGAUACAGAAGAUUCUCUUCAAAGACCUGUUCAGAUUCCUGCUAGUGUAUGUGCUCUUCAUGAUUGGAUACGCUUCAGCCCUGGUCUCGCUCCUGACCGUGUGCCCCACCUCUGGGCCCGAGUGCGAGGGCCCCGAAGGCUGCCCCACGUACCCCAAGUGCCGCGACAACGAGACCUUCAGCAACUUCCUGCUGGACCUGUUCAAGCUGACCAUCGGCAUCGGGGAGCUGGAGAUGAUCCAGAGUGCCCAGUACCCCGUGGUCUUCCUCAUCCUCCUCGUCACCUACAUCAUCCUCACCUUCGUGCUGCUCCUCAACAUGUUGAUCGCCCUCAUGGGGGAGACGGUGGGACAGGUGUCCAAGGAGAGCAAGAAGAUAUGGAAACUACAGUGGGCCACAACCAUCCUGGACAUCGAGCGCUCCUUCCCUGUGUGCCUGCGCAAGUCUUUCCGUGUGGGAGAGAUGGUCACUGUUGGAAAGAACUGGGAUGGAACUCCUGACAAGCGUUGGUGUUUCAGGGUGGAUGAGGUCAGAUGGUCCCACUGGAACCAGAACUUGGGGAUCAUCAAUGAGGACCCGGGUCAGAAGGAGCUGAACCAGGAACAUGCUAUUCAGGGGACCGUCCGAGGCCUGAGGAGAGCCGACCGUUGGUCCACUGUGGUUCCUCGGGUGAUGGAGGCCAGUAGGACCCCUCGAUCGCGCGACCUGGUGGUGGAGAUGGAGCCCCUCACGCCACGAAUCCGCCUGGAGAGCAGGGACUACUAGUGGACCCUCAAUAGCCCCCAUGUGUAUACAACACUGUGGGUCACCAGCACAAGACCUUAAGACCCAGGACUACAAGCCCCAGAGCUAGAGUACCUGUUGUUUCUAUACCACAUGGUAAGGUGUGAAGUACAGUAGAAGCCAUAGGAAGCAAAUGUUGUUUGCAACAUUCCAAGACAAUAUUCUUAUGAUGCUGCAGCUUUGCGUUGGGAAGUUUGUAGGCUUCACCUCGUUGGCUUAAAACCGUUAAACGCACACCUCUGUGGAUGUUACACCAGCCCUUACAUAACAAAGUCGUCAAAAUGAGAAUUAGAGCCUCAGACUUUGGCCUCCACUUGGCCAAAGAUUACAUAUAGGAAAAGCAGCAUACUCAUAUGCUGGUCACAAAAAAAGAUGGUGAUAUAUUUGGGUUUGAAGUGACGUGUCAGGAUGAACCUAAAAAAAAAUCACAAAUCUUCAUCCUCAGUAUUAUCUUCAAACAACAAGACACAGCAGCUGUCACUUAACACAAAUUCCCUUUGUCGUGUAUUUCACAGAAUAUCCCUAACUUUUUGCAAACACUGUAUUUCAUGCUGGAUCUUAUCUAUGGAGUGAAGGUGGGUCACUUUGAGACAUGCAGGUGUUGUUAACUUGUGGCUGACACUUCUACACCCCUUGGAGCAGAGUGCCAGUGAGGUGAGAUAGGUCUCGCCAUGAGUAAUCUUGGGUUGUCCUCUAUGUUUGUCUACAGUGCAUUUGUGAGAUGUACAGACAUCUACAGACCAGUGCAUGUGUGAGAAGUUCGAAUGAUGUCAACUCUGCUGAGUAUUGUUACAAGAUUUGUACUACAUUUUUGUUCAUUGUUACAAAAGCACAAAACUCUAUAUUAUUCAGUGGUUUUUAAACACUAGACACAAGUUGGGGAAUGAAUAUGUACAGUAAUAUACUAUAUUUUCUGACCUAUACAAGUAUUGCUGACAGUAUGCUUUUUUUUAGUGUUGCUUUUGUUCAUUAUAAAUGUCCAUAGACGACAGCUGUCUAUUUAUUCGUUGAAAUGGUAAGCAGUGGAAGGAGUGGGCUGCUCUGAGUGAAAGUGGGAAUGCUUUUUAAAAGGAAGUGCCCAUCAUCCUCGAUUUACCGCCUUUGCAGUCAGCAGUCCUCUAGAAUGUAAUUUAAAUGCAACAGAACCGAAACAGCCCCUCGGAAAAUCUACAGCCCGGUUCGCAAUGCAGGGGCUUAGCUGCAAAUUUUGGGCCCUAUGUACAAUCAGCUCCAAUGGACCCCUCCCCCAGCCAUAUAUCUUCAUAAAUCAGACUGUGUAUGGGCCCCCCUAUAUACAUUGGGCCCUGGUGACUCAGUCACACUUUACCCUCCUGAACGACUCCCCUGUCGGCCGCAAUGACUGCUGCCAGUGGUGCUAAUGCUGCUUUGAAAGAGUGAGAAUGAGCUGAUGAAGUGAGGGCCUUUGGAGUUACUUCUGUGAACACUGUUGGAAUAUACUCCUGGACACGUGAAGCCUCCUAUUUCUUUUUUUUCCUUUUAAUCAAGUUCUUCCUGACAUAAUCACAAGACAUUCCAUGUUUUAAAAAUCACAAACAGAGAGUAACUGCCGUAACAGGUUUUUUUUUUGCAAAUGAGUUGGUAGAAGCAUGCACUGCUGCUGUUUCAUCAACAGCAAUAGCAGCAGCAGACACAGUUGUAACCACAUCCUUGCAAACUCACCGUCUCGAAAUGUCUGAGAGAGAGAAAGAGAGAGAGAGAGAGAGAGAGAGAGAGAGAGAGAGAGAGAGAGAGAGAGAGAGAGAGAGAGAGAUCGCGCUGGCAGGCAGCGCCCAGGCCCAGAGAUAAAGGUGCAGUUGGUGGAGGAACAUUGCGCUUGACUGCCUUACUUUCAGAAACCUCCAAAAGGGUUAGCGUGAGUGAGUUAGCUCGGUCAAUGCGUGCAGCAGUGUUGUUGUGGUUUCAGGUCUGUAGAGAUAGUGGCUGUGUGCUCGUCUGCGACCCACUUGCCAUACCGUCUGUCCUCUCAGUGAACUCAGGGAUUUCGUCAACUCAAACUGACAGCCUUCCUCAGAUCCAAAGCAACUGCCGUGCUGUGAGAAUGCUGAAUGUAGGGCAUUCUUCCUCUUUAUUUUAUAUUUCAUUGGCAAACGAACACUUCUAAGGUGCGUUGGCACCUGUGCAUGCAAUAAUUCCCUCCAAGUAUCCAUAAAAUAUAUUUAUGGCUGUUAAUGUAGAUUUGGGCCUGUUGUAGACCUAAUGAAUUGUAGAAUAUAUUACAUGUAUGCAUAGUUGAAGUGUUCAAGCUUAUCAGCAGAUUGCGAGUUUGCAGGGAACGGCAGAAGCCAACAUGUUUUCAUAUAAUUAAUCACAUGAACUCUAUGACACAGGCUGACGUGUUGUUCUCCAAGCUUACUGCAGGCUGCAUUAAAUAGUCAUGCCUUGUUGAGGUUCAAAAGAAAAUUUUCCUUUUAUUCAGCUUUCAUUUCCAGUCAUCUUUCAUUUGCCACACUAUUGUCUUAGAGAAGCAAAUAUAUUUUAGAAAAAGAUGCAGUCAAGUAAUAUAUUGUUUUUUUGUCAGCUGUGCCAAGUGCUAAAGGGAGAUCUAAUGUUAAUUAUUGCAAAAAGCUACUUUAGAGUAUUUAAAAAUAGUGCUUUUUUAUAAUGCCAAACAAUUUUAGUCUUGGGGUGACUGGAGUGACUGUUCAAAAUCCUUGGACUCUUGACUGGAUGGACAUUAGUUUAUUGUUUCAAUGACUGUUUUGUAAUGGUAUUUUGUACUUUUUAAAUAAAUUAUCACAACAGAUGUU